AUGACAAAUUUCAAGGAAGCUGCUGAACAAGUAAAACACCUUAAAACUUCACCAACAAAUGAUGAACUUCUUCAUCUUUAUGCUCUUUUCAAACAGGCUACCGUUGGAGAUAACAAUACACCUAAACCAGGAAUGCUUGAUAUGAAAGGAAAAGCUAAAUGGAAUGCUUGGAAUGAGAAAAAAAAUUUAAGUAAAGAAGAUGCUGAAAAUGAAUACAUUUCACUUGUUGAAUCAUUAGUUGCUAAAUAUGGACUUUAA